AUGGUUGGACAGUGUUAUUGAAGCUACUAGCAUGAGUUAGACCAAACUGUGGGAGGCAGUGGAAGACAGGAGUGCUUGGCAUGCUCUGGUCCAUGAGUUCACAAAGAGUUGGACACGACUAAACGACUACACAACAACAAGAUGCUCUCUGGAAAUGCUAGAUCCCCUUUCUAAAAUAUUUCACAUGACCCUAAGAGUUUGCAUUUCCCUUACUUAUUUAAGGAUGGGAAGAUCCAUAGUUCAGUGGUGUACACCAUAUAUUGUACGCAGAAGAUCCAGAAUGUAUCUCUUGUUGUAUCUCCAGUCAAAAGGGGCGCAUGGAAUCUCCCAUUAAGGGAGGCCACAGUUUGGUGUGCAAAAAAGGAAGAUGCUGAGGGGAUUGGGAGGGAUUAGAGGGGCCAUUCACUCAUCCGGGUGGUUUUGACUGAGCUGGUGGCCAGCACUCCCUGCUGGCUUCCCUUCUCUGAAUGAGGUGGACGAGUAAAAACUGUGACCGAAAGAAGCACCUUGCUCACCUGGGCUUCUUCAACUGGCCAAGUGAAGAGGAGGUUCUGCCUCAGAGCUGAAAAGGAACUCAGCAAUGCAAAGAUGAUUGUUCUAUCACCAGUUAUUUUUAUGUUUUGCAUACAUUUAAACACUAGUUGAAUUGUCACAGAAAGUACUUUUAAUGUUCCAUAUGUGACAACUGAGGAUUAUGACCCAUCCCUGUAUACAGUGGCCUCAUGUCCACUGACUGACGCUGAAAUAGAACUUGUUCGUCCAUGGGGUGCUAUAAGACUCUCUCUUUUUUUGCUCUUCUUCAUGCAACCCUCUCAGGCAGAAACUUCUUUCGAAUAUUUUCUUCCCUGCUCUUCCUCUGCCAUUCUGUUCCAUCUUUGAUCCUCCAAGCUCCACCCACAUUCCACAGACGGAGCACACUGGCAGUUGCUAGGCAACAUAUCUUCCUCCUCUUCUAAUUCACAUAUAGCCUACUUCCCAUCUAUCUACUAACCUGGUAACAACUGUUUGGAGCUUCCCUUUCAGGGAUAAGAUGCCAGAGGUGGUGCUUCAAGAGAUAAUUUCCUCUUUCUGGGAAAAUGAGUGGCAGCCUGGCAUGGCUGCUCAUUAUGUUCUUGAGGAAUGUCCUGAGUGUGCCUGGCGGCCAGACACCACCUCAGGGCUUUAGGUAUGCCUCUUAUGAGGUGACCAUCCCAAGGAAACUGAGCUUCAAGUAUGGACUACAGGAAACCCAGGAUGUCAGCUACCUACUACAGAUUGAGGGGAAGGGCCAGGUGGUGCAUCUCAAGCAGAAGAAGGGCAUUGUUCCUAAACGCUUCCCCAUCUUCAUGUACAAUAAGGAAGGGGACCUCCUGAGUGACUAUCAUUACAUCAGGGAUGAUUGUUUCUACAGUGGCUUCAUACAGGACAAGCCUCUCUCUUCAGUCACUCUCAGCACUUGCUCAGGGGGACUCAGGGGCCUGUUACAACUUAACAAUGAGACAUAUCAAAUUGAACCUGUCCAGCCAUCUGCUACCUUUCAGCAUGUGGUGUAUCGGCUGGAAAUAGAGGAGGGUGCCAUGCACAUGAGGUGUGGGUUGACGGAGGAAGAGCAAAGGCAUCAAGAGGCCAUGAUCCAGGACACAGAGCAUGUGGCUGUCAAAAGUGCUCCAGCAGGACUCUGGUGGCCACACAAGAGACAUGCAGAAGUGGCAUUUGUGGUGGAGCAUGAACGAUAUGUUAAGUUUGAUAAAAAUGAAACUGAUAUUGCUCUGAAAAUUCUUGAGGCCACCCAUGUUAUAAAUUCAUUUUUUGAGCCACUGUUUCUUGACGUGUCUGUAGCAGGACUGGAGAUAUGGACGGAAAAGAACCUCAUAGAUGUUGAUAAAAGUAUCGGAGCCACACUUAAUGCUUUCAGUAUAUGGAGACGUAACACUCUACUUACCCAUCUAAAGAAUGAUGCUGCUCACUUAAUUGUAUACAGGUCGUAUAAAGGUAUUAUUGGAGUAGCAUAUGUAGGACAAAUUUGUAGUGAGAAAUUCGCUACUGGUGUUGUAGUAUCAAAGAAUUUCAAUUUGUUUGAUUUUUCUGUGCUAUUUGCCCAUGAAUUUGGACAUAAUCUUGGUAUGAAACAUGAUGAUUUUGUCUGUAAAUGUGACCGACGUGCCUGCAUUAUGUCUGCUUGGCACUCAGAUGUUGAUAAGUUUAGCAACUGCAGUUACUAUGAGUAUUUCAAUCGAAGGAACUCACCUUGCUUGUUGAUUCCACCAGACCCUGAUCAAAUGUAUAACCUCGAAUACUGUGGCAACAAAGUAGUGGAAAAAGGGGAGCAAUGUGACUGUGGUACAAGUGAACAGUGUCGAUUGGAUUAUUGUUGCAGGCCAGAUUGCACGUUGCGUCCAUGUGCCAAUUGUUCUUCUGGAUUGUGCUGUGACAGGUGCAAGUACCGUCCCGGUGGAUCCAUUUGCAGAAAGAGUAUUGGCAUCUGUGACCUGCCUGAGUUUUGCACUGGGACUUCGGACCAAUGUCCGGAAGAUGUUUAUGUACAAGAUGGUGCCCCUUGCGGUGAUGGAGUCUAUUGCUAUCAUGGUCGUUGUAGUACUCCUAAUGGGCAGUGCGAAAAGAUAUUUGGCAAGAAAACCGUACGAGCUUCAGAGGAUUGUUUCAGAGGACUGAAUGCUCAAGGUGAUCGCUUUGGCAACUGUGGCCUAAAACAUGGUAUUUUUAAGAAAUGCAAAGCUGAAAAUAUUCUAUGUGGCCGAAUGCAGUGUAGUAAUAUUUAUGGGCUACCUACCUUGGAGGAACACCAAACCAUCAUUCAAACCACCAUUGGCAAAAGUAACUGCUGGGCUACAGACUACCACAGUGGAAUGGAGGUAGCUGAUCUUGGAGCAGUGGAAGACGGUACACCUUGUGGCACUGGCAUGAUGUGUAUGAAUAGGGAAUGCAAGAACGUGUCCCUCUUGCAGUAUGAUUGUAAUGCCACAAAGUGCCAUAAUAGGGGAAUAUGCAACAACCACAAACACUGCCAUUGUUCUUAUGGUUGGGCCCCUCCUGACUGUCUAAAGAAAGGACAUGGGGGCAGCAUUGACAGUGGGCCAAUUUCAAAAAACUGGAAUGGUGUCAUUGUAGGUAGUAUUGUCGGAAGUGUGUUGGUCCUUUCCACAGUGACUGCUGCUGUUGGCAUGGGUGUGUAUUACAGGUUUGUGCUAAGCAACAAGGUUAGAAGAAAGAGUUCAAGAAUCUCUCCAUCAUAAUGAACAGAGGAACUGAAACCACUCUAGAUCACAGAAGUGAACAUUGCAGAAAGUUUCAAAAGGGUAUGAUGGUUAUAAUAAGCACUAUUAUAUAACAUAUAUUUGACUCUGUAAGCAUUAGUUCAGUUCAUCUCACGGGGAA